GUUCGAUUGUGAAGGAUGGCAGCGUCUGUAUUUGUCCCUCCAACAUCCACGCCAAUUUGAACUUCUUUUGACUGCAUUUUGUUAUUGUCGUAAAAUGGACGCAGACACUACUACCGAGAGUGAAUAAGAAAGUCGUAAAUAGACAUGUGGAUUAUUGUUAUUAUCGCCCUCAAUUUGUUUUCAUAUUGAUUUUCUCACAUUUUCCCCUAUAUAACCAUCAUAUCGUGAAGGAUUACAUCCAUGUACAAUGGUAAGACAGCGAGGAACAGCAGCAAGCAAACAUGAAGCUAGAGAAGUUGAUAAAAACAUAGAAGAAGAAGUGAAAGUAAAAACUGCAAAUAAACAUUUGUCAAGGAUCCCUACAAAACCUGGAGUAAGUUUAAGACAGCGUUGUUUUACAUUCGCAAAGUAUGCUUUACUACUUUCCAUUCUGCCGCCAUUCCUCAAUUUUGCUGCUUUGCAUAAAGAGGGUCAGCAGCUCAAGCCACAGACAGGAGAGUUGUAUGACAUAGGUUUUGGUCAGAAAAUGUACCUAGGGUGCCUAGGACAGGGUGCUCCUACAGUGAUACUUGAUGCCCCAACUGGUAUGUCUUCAGAUGUCUGGCUACAAGUGCAACUCAAACUGGCCAAGUACACAAAGGUGUGUGUUUAUGACCGCGCAGGGCUGGGAUUCAGUGAGAGGCCAUACAGGAAUGAAUCAGCACAGGAGGGCACUGAUAAUGACAAUCCUACACAGUUAUUCUCUAAGGGCAGUGAAAGAUGGCAGCACUAUACAGUAGAGAGGAUGGCUGAUGAUCUCCAUCGCUUAGUAACAGGUAGCAGCGAUCAACCCAGACCCUUCAUACUUGUUGGGGCAGAAAUGGGGGCACUUGUCUCAAGGUUCUAUGCAAAUAUGUUCCAAGGAGAGGUGUCCGACCUUGUAUUGAUUGAGCCACUAGUAGAGACAAUAUUUAUGGAGGAUGACGGCAUCUGGACACAGUUCUGGUUUGGUCACCUGAUACCAUGGCAACAGUCCCUUCAGCUGGCUGCAGCUACAGGUCUAACAAGAUUCGCUCUUCUGCUAGGCCUGAUGGAGCAGCCACUCGCUGGAGCCAACCAGACCAUGGAGCAGAUAGCAAGACAGAUAACCAGAUAUUACUCUCCUUACAGGGUCACAAACAAGUAA